AUGGCUUCGCGAGAAAACCAACCUCUUAAUAAUUUUUCCGAAGGCAUAUCUAUAAAUAAUUCUUAUUUCAACAAUAAAAUCUUACUUGAAAAAGAGGAAAUAAUUAAAUUUAUUGAUGACGCUCAAUUAAACAAUCCUCUUUAUUUAGAGAGUUUAAAAUCCCUAAGAAUGUUGGAGAAUGGGGGAUUUGGUCAUGAGGAUAUGAGCAAUCUGUACGUGACAUUUCAGAAUGAUAAAUGCUACAGGACAACGCGAUAUAAGGGCUGGCAAAAUCUUUUUUGUCUCAUGCUUUAUGCUAUAGAAAAGAAUUUAAAUAAAAGCCAAGAGAAUUUAUCUAUUAUAGAUUUUCUAUCAGGAAGUGGGACUUUGUCCAAGCGUUUAAAGAUCUUGUGGAAGCAGGAACAAAAUUUACCAACGGUCUUGGGAAUGGAUAUUUCUGAAAAGAUGUGUCAAUUGGCUCAUGAAAACGGAGAGACUGUUUGUUGGGGUCGUUGCAGAAAUCAUUGUUUCAAAAAGCAUAUUGCUGAUACUGUGCUUGCAUCCUACGAGACUGUUUUUUGGGGUAGUUGCAGAAAUCAUUGUUUCAAAAAGCAUAUUGCUGAUACUGUGAUUGCAUCCUACGGUGUACAUCAUAUUCCUCCCAAAGAAAGAAAGAUAUUUAUUACAAGCGCUUACAACAUCUUAAAAGAAGAUGGAGUUUGUCUAAUUCAUGAUUUUUUAGAGGGACAUCCCUCAGCACGUUGGUAUUCUGAGAUUAUACAUAAAUAUAGAACCUAUGGUCAUGAUUGCAAGCAUUUUACAGAAGAAGAUAUGUUCUCUCUUUUCUCAGAAGAUUUUUCGACAUCGGAAGUACGUAAAUUGCUUCCAAAGUCCGUAACAUUUGAACAAAUUUUUCAUUACAAAGAUGUAUCAUAUUGGAAAGAUGUCGAGGAGAUUUUCACACCCUAUUUUAAGAUUUCCCAAUCUGAUAUCAACAGAAUCGAUCAUUUUGUAAAAGAAACCAAAAAUUAUGAAGAUAUUCUUCAUCCUAUCGAAAGUUAG